GUUGUGAGAGAGUGAGAGAUGUGUCCUCGAGCUACUCAAACAUGCGAAAUCUGCGAGAAGGUUGUAUCCAAAUACAAGUGUCCUUCUUGUCUUGUUCCUUACUGCUCAUUGGGUUGUUUCAAGAUACACAAAGAGACUCCAUGUGCUAAACCGUCUGAUCCUUCUUCAACCGAAGAAAAGCCAGCAGCUUCUCCAGCAAAGGAAGUCCCGGUGAAAAGACCUGAGGAAGCUAAUGAUGUUGUAGAGAAGACACAGCAAAAGGCUAGUGCUGCAUCUCCAGCGAAGGAAAUUCCGGUAGCAAGACCGAUAAUUGUAGAGGAAGAAAAGUAUAUUUUAGAAAAGACACAGUUCGAGGCUAUCGCUUCUUCUAGUGAAAUCCGCGAAGCUCUAAAGGAUGAACCUCUUCAGAAACUCAUCUACAGUAUUGAUAGUUCUUCCAACCCUUUACAGGAACUCGAUGAAGCCAUGGGAAUAGAAGCAUUCCGCGAAUUCACAGACAAGAUUUUAUCAAACAUUUCGAAGAGUAAUGACGAGCAGUUCCUUGCUACUACCUGCCUGGCCUAAACUCAGCUGUGAUGUUAUUUGUUGACUCUAUAAGAACAUUUUUAAAAAGAGGAUGGGUCUUGUGAGCAACGUCAUUUGUUGGAACAGAGGAAUAAGCACAAUGGAUAUUGGGAAAGAAUUACCUGCAAUGGAGGAGGAAGAGAUUGUUGCAUCUGAUGGUGACCAACAAACUGACCAUAAGGAUUCAUCUGAGGUUGGUUCGACACCGGGUUAGGCUGUGGACUUUGUAACCAAACUCUGGAUGGGUCAAAGGUCUGAAUGUUUGGAAAAGGGUAUCGCGGUGGUGGAUAUGAUGGACCUACACCCGCCAUAUGAGCCUGGCUAGGGAAAGGUAUGUAUGCAGGAGGCUGAUUCAUACCCAUGGCCAUGUGGGGCAUGAACUGCUGCAUAUUCGAUGUAUACAUCAUCGGUGGCAUCAUACCACUUCCCAUUGACAUCAUCGAUUCAGAUAUUAAAAAACCUCAUUCAUGAUCUGAAGAUUAUUCAUCUACAUAAUUGCUGUAAAACAAAUUCAUGACUUGCAAGAAACAGAAGAGCAAGACCUCAAGGACAUAUAAGAGGAAUCAUCUUAUUAGGCCAACCAUCUAAACGAAGAUGAAUCUUCAGACAUCAAAUCUAAAAAGAGGAAUCUUCAGGGGCAUACAUUUAUUUGCAUCUCUAGAGAUUUCACGUACUCGAUAACAUCUUCCAGCAUUGAAACUUUAGUAGACUGAUCAGAGUAGAACCAGAACCAGAAUGAGAAUCAAGUUUAAUGACAACAAGUUAUGUGAAACUGUGAGAGACCUUGUUGCAGCGAGGAAUGAGUUGUUGCAGAGUCUUCAUUCUCUCGUUGAUCUUUUCUCUCCGUCUCUGUUAAAACACAAGGUACGUUUCAAUGGAGGAUGAAACAGAGAGUCCAUUGUUGAAAUCAAAGAAUCUUGAAAAUGCAAUGGAAAUAUAACAACCCUUUCGG